UACACUUUCUGGAAGCAUUUGGGCGGAGAAAACUUCAGUUUGCUCUGCGGAUAGCCCCAACCGUUAAACCCUAAAUUCAAAUAAUGGAAUUGCAAUCUGUCUGUCGCGGCCUUCCCUUUCGGGCAUUUGAUCAUCGUUCCUCGCAAGUCUUCCGUUCCAAGUCAUCAUUGAGAUUUCAGGGACUUUGCUCUGCAGCUGCGUUUAAACGUUCAAAAUGGCUGAUUAAAGAGUCGACAUUGCUGCGGUUCAACAGAAGGCUUGUUCUUAAUGCUUCGAUUUCCAAUGGAGAUAGUGACUUGGAGUUAAUUCCAGAACAAAGUUCUAGCGUGCCUGUUACUAGAUAUAAUGGAGUGGAACCAUUUCGUGGAAAAUCAGGUUCUGUUUCUUUCUAUGGGUUAACACACCACUCAGCUGAAGAGAGAAAGUUGGUAUCCGCUCCUUUUCAAGAAGAGAAGGGCUCUCUCUUCUGGGUCUUAGCCCCGGUUGCGUUUAUAUCGUCUUUGAUUCUUCCCCAGUUUUUCCUUGGCAAUGUGAUUGAGGCGUUCUUGAAAGAUGAAGUUCUAGGAGAUAUCGUGAGUUCGCUUUCUUUUGAGGCCCUGUUCUACAUUGGACUGGCAACUUUUCUUCAUGUGGCUGAUCAUGUCCAAAGACCCUAUUUGCAAUAUAGCACGAAAAGAUGGGGUCUUAUCACAGGUCUCAGAGGAUACUUAUCCUCUGCUUUUCUUGCAACUGGCCUCAAGGUUGUUGCUCCAGCCUUUCUUGCAUAUCUUACCUGGCCAGUGGUCGGCCUGGCAUCCCUGGUUGCAGUAGCUCCUUUUUUAAUUGGCUGUGCUGUUCAAUUGGCAUUUGAGAGAUAUUUGGACAAGCGUGGGUCAUCGUGCUGGCCUCUAGUCCCCAUUAUCUUCGAGGUAUAUAGGCUGUAUCAGCUGACAAAAGCUGUUAAUUUUGUCGAGCGGCUGAUGUACUCAAUGUCGGGGCUCCCUAAGUCCCCAGAACUGGUGGAACGAAGUGGUGCGUUGUUUGCUAUGGUUGUGACCUUCCAGGUACUAGGACUGGUGUGCCUCUGGUCAUUGAUGACAUUCCUUUUGAGGCUUUUCCCAUCUAGGCCUGUAGCUGAGAAUUACUAACCUUCCACUGCAAAAUUGUUGUGCAUAUUUCUUUGGAUAAUCAUGUUUUGCAUAAAAUUUUCAUACAUGAGAGUCUUUGACAUCUAUGUUCAGGGAGGUGCCGCUUCAACAUAUUAUAGGUUUCUAAUUGGUAGAAGCAGUGUAGCUGUUUUGUUAGUCAUUGACAUCUAACAGUAUAAAAUAGUAGUUAUCUCCAUGUCUUGAAUUUUAAGAAAAACGCCAA